AUGUCUCAAUCAACUACCACCAAGCCAAGUGCUAACAAGGACGAAUCCUGCUUCAUCCGUCAAGUCUUCCUCCGAGGCCACCUCGCCCCCGCCUUCCCACCACCUGCGAAGCAAUGCACAGGCUGCGGCAAGUCCUUCCAAAGCGUGCGAACAAUGUGUCCCCCCUGCCUCAAGGCGAUAAGUCUCAAGAAAGAGUGCGAUGCCAAGGAUCGCGAGAGGGACACAUUCCCCGACCAUUGCAAGAAGUGCAAGCAGACUACUCUUCACCUCGGACCAGACUGGUGCACUGUUUGCUACGCUGAUACCGCUGAUACCGCUGCUCCCGCUGAUCCGGGUAAUACGUUUCCCGUGUAUUGCGAGGAGUGUGUUGUGCAGAUUGAUAUUCCGAACAGGGUCAAGGACGACAAGGGUGGGUUUGUGGAAAUGAUCGAGGUAAAUAGUCUUUGGUGUGUUCAGUGUAAGGGUCCGGCGGAUUCAUGGAUUAGAAGCGACGUGUAA